GUUACUCAAGAACGCGUCGCUUUGAGUUUUGAUUUUGGAAGCUAACGUUAGCCGCCGUGCUGCUGAAAGAUGUCGUUAAAGCGGGGUAUUGGCGAUGCAAAGUACUUGAAGAAAAGGAUUCCACAGAACCCCAAAUUUCAACAUGUAAAAACAAGACUUGAUACAGGCUGCAGCCUGACAAAAUAUAUGGAGAGACUGGAGGAGGUACGAAAAAGGAUAAGAAUUCCUGGUUCUUUUUGGGACUACAGAUAUAGGAAGGAUGAGCUUUUUAAAAGGUUGAAAGUCCCUACUUUUGCACAGCUGGUUAUCCAAGUUGCGUCCGUGUCGGAUCAAAAUGACAACAUAAAAGAUGAAAUAGCAAGAUUAGACGAUGAUGUUUCGAUUUUUUCGGAGUCCCCAGCAUCCGACCAUCACUCAGAUCAGACAAACGGCUCCUCCCAGUCUACAAUUCUUCCCCCACUGAAUACUAACAGCGAAGCUGGUGAUGGUGUUUUUUCUCCUAGAUCUACUCUUCAAAGUGUCAUCAGUGGCGUGGGAGAAAUGGAUCUCGACAAGAUCGCGCAGAAGACCGCUCGAUUAUCUCCAGUGUCUACGCCCUAUAAUACAGAGUCCCCAUACCCGGACUGUCCGUAUCUUUUGCUGGAUGUGCGGGACAGAGACGAAUAUGACCAGUGCCAUAUUAUCAGUGCAUAUAGUUAUCCCAUUGCAACGUUAUCAAGGACAAUGAACCCAUACACUAAAGAAGUACUUGAAUAUAAAAAUUCGUCAGGAAAGAUCAUAAUCGUGUACGAUGAGGAUGAAAGAAUAGCGAGUCAAGCGGCCACCACCAUGUGCGAAAGAGGCUUCGAGAACCUCUUCAUGCUAUCAGGGGGGUUAAAGGUGGUCUUUCAGAAGUUCCCUGAAGGAAUGACAACCGGCUCCAUUCCUAUCUCCUGUCUGGCGUCACCAACCGGGCCUGGAGGUCGCAAACGAUCGGCGCCGCAGCAGACGCCUCAACCAGCAGAGAAAAAGUGGCGGUUCACCUCCGAGGACCUCAGCAGAAUCGAGCUUCACUUGGAGGAGGUGUUCAUACCUAGCGGGCCAAGCAGUCGCCUCAGCAGCAGAAUGUCCACUAACAGCGCUCGCUCAAACGCAUCUAGUGUUCGGAGCAGUCGACAAGGUUCGUCCAUAGCGGGGUCAGAGAGUGCUUGGUCACGGAGUAGUCGACCUUGGAAAUGAGCCAAGUCACGUUCGGAACUAUCAUUUUGAGUCUAAUGGAAAUAAAGCUUUGUUUUACUUUAACAGAAUUCUUGUACACAAUUGUGAUGAACACUCCACAAUCCCUCUCUUUGUUUUUACUGGUAUUUAAUGCAACAUGAUGGAAUUCUCACUGGCACUUUUUCUUUAUUUGCUUUCUUCACACUUGAGCCUUGCACUGCAGAAACCAGAUUAUUUUUCUGUUUGUCAUUUACUGCUAUCGAUGUUUUUUCUGUUUUUUGCCAUCAAGAAUCUUUUUUUCUAUUAUGAUGGUAUAUGGUGUCUUGAAUAUGACACUUUACUAUUUUAACGCUUAUACGGUUCUUCUGUAUGUUAUAUGGUUGAUGUCUUCAUGGAUGGACUGUUCUUGUUGGUGGCCAUCUUCGCUUAUGAUGUGCUAUGCUAGUAUGGUUCCAUUGAGCAUUAUGGGUUCGCUAUCCUGAAGUGCUUUAGAUUUUAGAUAUGAUGUUUUGAUGCCUUAACACGGGCAGAAAGAGGCCUUUUGUGUGUUUGAUGCUUUUUAGUUAGAAUUAGUUUUAGGCUUUUCAAAGCAAUGGAGAACGAUUUACCCCAUUUCUAUUAAAGGGAUGGUUCACCCAAAAAUUCUGUCAUGAAUUAACCUUAAAGUGUUAAUGUCUUUUGUUCUGAUGAAUACAAAGAGAGAUAUUUGGAACAAUGUUAGAGAUUUCUGGGGCACCAUUGACUACCACAGUAGAAAGAUUUAUUGCAUUAUUAUUAUUUUUGUUCUGUUGUAUUUAAAAGAAAACAUCUUAAAGAAUUUAGGAAAACAAACCGUUCUGGGGCACCUCUGACACCCAUGACCCAGAAAUCUCAGUUGCAAACUUUUAAAUAUCCUUCUUUGUGUUCAACAGAAAAUGAUACUGGUUUGGAACAACUUGAGGUUGAAUAAUUCAUGACAGAAUUUUCAAUUUUGGGUGAACUUCCCCUUUUAAGUGCAGCUCACAAUCAACUAAACUGUGAUUUUAAAUAUUAUAAAAUGUAAUAGCUGGUGUCCAUGGAGAUUAAGACAUGUUGCUGUGUAUGAUUUUUUGCUUUGCCUUUUGAAGAGCUAAAUGAAGAAACUACAUGUAUUUACCGGAGCUGAUGCCAGAAUGUGUUCUGCCUUAAUUUGCUUAUAGACGGAAAUCACUUGUACUAGUUCUUUUACAGACUUUGUUUUAUUGUCCAAUGAAGAUUUUAAUUUAAUCUAUGAUGACUACCUACUGGUUAUUUUGAAUAAUACGGCUGAAUAAAGAAUCUUUAAUAUUGUA